AUGGUGAACCAAACAGGAGGUCGGGUAGGGGAUUCAGUGGAGAGCCAGGUGGGGUCUCGGGUGAGUUUGAGCGACCGCUAUUUCAGGCAUUCCUUGCCCCUGCCUCCAGCGAUGACAGGGGAGUUUCCCAAGGACAUUACUUGCAGACAUUCUCUGCGGCUUUCCACUGCACGUGCUUCAGCUUUCCCCGAGGAUGAUGCCUGUAGAAACACUAGAAGCCAGAUCAUAUACAAUGAAACGCCUGUGUUUGAAAUGAUCAGACCAGGCGAGACAAAUCCGCCAAUCUUCCAUCAUUCCUCAAUCAACGAUCCGACCCCGGACAUUCACGACUUGGCCACACGUUACCACAAAGAUGCGUUCUUCAAGAAGCCAGCUCUGGGUCUGGCUGAGUCCGCUGGUUCGGCUCCACCAACUAAAAGCACAGACGGCGGCAACCUUAUCAAAGGCAGCAGCAAUGGCAGCACUACACGUGACAGUUUAACCUUGAGCUUACUCCAAGGCCAGCCUCCAUUUUCAGCCACAAGAUUUAAAUCCAGCCAUUCCGAGCCGUUGUCCGGCAUCAGCAGCCGCGUACCACUGUUUAGCGCUACGACAGGUCUGCCGGCGGGUACCGCUGCAACUGACAUCUCCAGCUCUGUCACUUGUAAACACUUGUCCAUGAGCAAGGUCAAGGGAUCUUUUCAUGACCUGGACCUGGAGAAGUUGUACAGAAGCUACUCUGCCAGGAGCAAGUACCCACUGGUGGUCGCCUACCUCGGCCUGUUGCUUGUGGCCGCACUGACUUCUCUAGUCAUUUCCUUCUCUGCUAAGAAGAUGACACCAUCCGUGGAGUGGCUGGGCCAGACUGUUGUUGUGGUCUUCAGCGUGCUCUACUUCAGCCUCAUCCUGCUGCUCAUUGUGGUGGCUGCUCAGUCCACCUACCUGGCCCACCCCACAGCCGUCGGCGUCGCCAUCAUGUGUGCCACCUCCAUCACUAUCAUCGCCUUUUACACCUUCAGCGAUUCUCGGACCCCAUCCUCGGAUGCACCACUCUUGUUUUACACCAUAACGGUCUCCUACAUGGUGCUGCCGGUGUCCAGGAAGUGUCUGUUGGUUGUGGGCUGGUCGACGGUGCUGGCUCACCUGGUCAGUGCAGGUCCCAUCUCAAUAAAGCAGCUGGGCCGCGACGUCCAGCUGGUGAGCACCUUCUGCAUCUUGUCUGCGGCUAAUGUCAUGGGGUUGAGCCACAAGUGUCUCUCAGACAUGGCUCACCAACGAGCAUUUCUGGAGGUCCGUAACUCGGUUGAUUCCAUGAUCAAGCUGGAGAAGGAGAAGCAACAGCAGGAGGAGCUGCUGGUCAGUUGUCUGCCCAGUAACCUCGUGACAGAGAUGAAGAGAGACCUUCAGGAGAACAUGAGAGAGCCUCGGCCCAGCCUCUUCCACGAUCUUUAUGUGGAGAGAUAUGAUCAUGUCAGCAUCCUGUAUGCAGACAUCGUCAACUUUACUCCGUUGGCCUCGGAAUGUACAGCUGCCGAGCUUGUGAAAAUGUUGAAUGAAUUAUUUGGUCGCUUUGACCAGCUUGCCACGAAGAGCAACUGUAUGAGGAUCAAGAUCUUGGGGGACUGCUACUACUGUGUUUCAGGAGUGCCAAUCCCAGACAAGAAUCACGCUCUUAACUGUGUCCGCAUGGGUCUCCGCAUGCUGGACGCCAUCAGGGAAGUGAGAGAGGCAACUGGUGUGGAUGUGGACAUGCGCAUUGGUGUACACACAGGGUCUGUCCUCUGUGGGGUUCUGGGACUCCGGAAAUGGCAGUAUGAUGUUUGGUCAGAUGAUGUCACUAUAGCCAACCACAUGGAGUCUGGAGGGGUGCCAGGGAGAGUUCAUAUUUCCAAGCAAACAUUAAAUUUCCUGGAUGGAGAGUAUGAGGUUGAGGAGGGCAAAGGUCAUGAAAGAGAUUCAUAUCUUGCAGAGAACAAAGUGGAAACUUACCUGGUUGUGCCUGUUGAACGUCGCCAGACAAAUAGAAAACUUGGCAAGACGAGGUAUCACAUGAGUGGCAUGCGCAAAUCUGCCAGAGUGACCAAGUUUCUGGAAACCUGGGGAGUGGACAAACCAUUUGCUAACCUGAAGACAACAUCCAUGGUAUCUAAGGUGCUCAGUCUCACUAGCCUGGCACUGAUUGACUCAAACUUUCUGAUGAACUCCUCGGGUAUCGACCAUGGCUUGCUGGUUGCUGACAGACAGCAACAAGAGGAGAUCAACCUGAGACUGCAGGAUCGCCUCAGCCGCAUCAGCAAGAGCAGCUUCCAGUGCCAGCCAGAGUCAGAAAUGCAUGCAGUGUUUCUGAGAUUCCGAGAGCAGUCAGCAGAGGAAAGCUUCUCCAAGCAGCCAGACCAGAUGUUUUCUUAUUAUGUUAUCUCAGCAUUCUUCGUCUUCAUUAUUGUCGUCAUUGUACAGAGCAUCAUGUUGCCACGGAGCACAGUUUUGUUUGCAGUGUCAGCAAUUGGUAUUUUGCUGUAUACAACUCUGACAGUAAUCUGUGUGUGUGGUCACCUGUAUGUGCUGCCAGGCUGCCACAAGUACCUCAGAUUGUUUCAGCAGAUGUCCAUGUUUGUUGUCAACACAUCUUGGGUUAGAGUUGCACUCUCCUUGUGUUGUGUAGCCCUCAUCUUUAUCAGCUCCUCCAUCAGUAUG